GAGCAAGGAAUCAAAAGAAAGAUCUUAAAGGGACUACGUCUUUCUAGUUAAGAACUAUUGUUUCAUUAACCAAAAAAGAGGCAUGGUAUCAGUCGCCAGACCAGGUAGCCAGGGAACCCGGAACCUGCUGCUCUCGCUUCUGCUUCUCGAAUUCUGGGAGAGGGGAAAUGGCCAGCUCCACUACUCCGUUCUGGAGGAGGCCAAACACGGCACCUUCGUGGGACACAUCGCUCAGGACCUGGGGCUGGAGCUUGUGGAGCUGAUGCCGCGUCUGUUCAGGCUGGCGUCCAAAAGCCGCUUGGCCCUUCUGGAGGUAAACCUGCAGAAUGGCAUUUUGUUUGUGAAUUCUCGGAUUGACCGGGAGGAGCUGUGCGGGCGGAGCUCGGAGUGCAGCAUCCACCUGGAGGUGAUCGUGGACAGGCCGCUUCAGGUUUUCCAUGUGGAGGUGGAAGUGAAGGACAUUAAUGACAACCCGCCGGUGUUCCCAGCUACACAAAAGAAUCUGUUUAUUUCCGAAACCAGGGCGCUUGACUCUCAUUUUUCACUAGAGGGCGCCUCGGAUGCAGACGUCGAAACCAACGCUCUGCUGAUUUACAGACUGAGCCCAAACGAGUAUUUCUCACUGGAAGUACCAACCAACGAAGAGACGGUAAAACCACUUGAACUAGUGUUAAAAAAGCCUUUAGACAGGGAAGUCGCUUCCGAGGUUCGCUUGGUGCUCAGAGCAAUUGAUGGGGGGAAACCUGAGCUGACUGGCACUGUAGAGUUGCAUAUCACAGUACUAGAUGUCAAUGACAAUGCCCCAGUGUUUGACCAAGCGGUCUAUCGCGUAAGAUUAAUGGAAAAUGUAAGAAACGAUACGCUAGUUAUUAGACUUAAUGCCUCGGAUUUGGAUGAGGGCUCAAACAGCCACAUUCUUUAUUUCUUUGAAACUGACGUCUCUCCUAACAUAGAAGCCUCUUUUUGCAUAGAUUCAAACAGUGGAGAAAUAAAAGUAAAAGGAAAAAUAGAUUUUGAGGAAACUAAAUUAUGGAAGAUUCAAAUAAAGGCUGUUGACAGAGGGAAUCCCCCAAUGUUUGGUCACUGUACAAUCUUGAUAGAAGUCUUGGACAUCAAUGAUAAUGCUCCAGAGUUAGAGAUAACGUCUCUAUCGCUACCUGUGCAAGAGGAUGUUCCACUGGGGACUGUCAUUGCUCUAAUCAGUGUCACUGAUCCUGACUCUAGUGCAAACGGACAGGUGACCUGCACCCUGACCCCCCAUGUCCCCUUCAAACUGGUGUCCACCUUCAAGAAUUAUUAUUCAUUGGUGCUGGACAGCACCCUGGACCGGGAAAGCAAGUCUGACUACCAGUUGGUGGUGACAGCUAGGGAUGGAGGCUCGCCUUCUCUGUGGACCACAACGAGCGUGUCUGUGGAGGUGGCCGACGUGAAUGACAAUGCACCGGUGUUCCCGCAGCCCGAGUACACCGUAUUUGUGAAGGAGAACAACCCGCCAGGGAGCCACAUCUUCACAGUGACAGCGCUGGACGCGGACGCGCAGGAGAACGCGCUGGUGUCCUACUCGCUGGUGGAGAGGCGGGUGGGCGAGCGUGCGCUGUCGAGCUACGUGUCGGUGCACGCGGAGAGCGGCAAGGUGUACGCGCUGCAGCCGCUGGACCACGAGGAGCUGGAGCUGCUGCAGUUCCAGGUGAGCGCGCGCGACGCAGGCGUGCCACCUCUGGGCAGCAACGUGACGCUGCAGGUGUUCGUGCUGGAUGAGAACGACAAUGCGCCCGAGCUGCUGGCGUCUCGGGCUGGCAGUGUGGGCGGUGCGGUGACCGAGCUGGUGUCACGCUUUGUGGGGGUAGGCCAUGUGGUGGCUAAGGUGCGCGCUGUGGACGCGGACUCGGGAUACAACGCUUGGCUGUCCUAUGAGCUGCAGCCAACAGCAGGAAGCGCGCGCAGCCCAUUCCGUGUGGGUCUGUACACCGGCGAGAUCAGCACCACGCGCACCCUGGAUGAGAAUGACUCGCCACGCCAGCGCCUGUUAGUUCUAGUGAAGGACCACGGAGAGCCGGCGUUGACGGCCACCGCCACCGUGCUGGUGUCGCUUGUGGAGAGCAACCAGGCGCUGAAGGUUUCUUCGCGGGCGUUGGUGAACACUAUGGGUCCUGAGGCGGCGCUGGUGGAUGUCAACGUGUACCUGAUCAUCGCCAUCUGCGCGGUGUCCAGUCUGCUGGUCCUCACGCUGCUGCUGUACACGGCUCUGCGAUGUUCUGCACCUCUGACCGAGGGCGCGUGUGGGCCGGGCAAGCCCAGUUUGGUUUGCUCCAGCGCUGUGGGGAGCUGGUCAAACUCUCAGCAGAGGCGGCAAAGGGUGUGCUCCUCGGAGGGUCCGCCCAAGACUGACCUCAUGGCUUUUAGUCCUAGUGUUCCUCCUGGUUCCGGUUCUGGAGAUGGAGUCCAACAGAUUUCUGACAAUGUAAGUACAGCAAUCCUGGGAUCUAUUUCAUAUGCAAUGUUCGGUUUUCAGAGAAGGGAAUUGGGUGCUUCACGACUAUUGCUCUCGCUUCUGCUCAUAUUUUGGGAGGAGGGGAACAGUCAGCUUCACUACUCGGUCCCCGAGGAGGCCAAACACGGCACCUUCGUGGGCUGCAUCGCGCAGGACUUGGGGCUAGAGAUGGCGGAGCUGGUGCAGCGCCUGUUCCGGCAGGCGUUCAAAGGCCGCGGGGACCUUCUGGAGGUAAAUCUGCAGAAUGGCAUUUUGUUUGUGAAUUCUCGGAUUGACCUGGAGGAGCUGUGCGGGAGGAGAGCAGUGGAGUGCGGCAUCCACCUGGAGGUGAUUGUGGACAGGCCGCUACAGGUUUUCCACGUGGAGAUGGAGGUGAAGGACAUAAACGACAACCCACCUGUAUUCUCUCUCAGAGAACAAAAGCUGCUGAUUUAUGAAUCUAAGCAACCGGACUCACGUUUUCCGCUAGAGGAAGCUUCUGAUGCGGAUAUAGAAGAGAAUGCUCUAUUGACCUCCAGACUAAGUCAAAAUGAGUAUUUUUCUUUAGAGUCACCAACAAAUAGCAAGCAGACUAAAAGACUGUCACUGGUACUAAAGAAGUCUCUGGACAGGGAGAAAACCCCAGAAAUCCAUUUGCUGCUGACGGCUACCGACGGCGGAAAACUGGAGCUCACUGGCACUGUUCAGCUGUUAGUCUGCAUCUUGGAUGUUAACGACAAGGAUCUGCAGUUUGAUCAAUCAGAAUACAAGGUGAGAUUGUUGGAAAGUGCUAAACAAACUCUUGUGAUAAAGUUGAAUGCCACAGAUCGGGAUGAAGGAAUCAACCAGGAGAUAACAUACUCCUUAAUGUCAAUUAAGCCCAAUGGAAGAUUCUUAUUUACACUAGAUGAAAAUAAUGGAGAAAUGAGGGUCAAUGGAAGUUCAGAUUACGAAGAAAACAAGUUUUAUGAAAUUGAAAUUCAGGCCACAGACAAGGGGAGUCCCCUGAUGGUAGGUCACUGUUCUGUCUGGGUAGAAAUCGUAGACACCAAUGAUAAUGCCCCUGAAGUCACGGCGACUUCCCUGUCCCUCCCAGUCGAGGACACUCAGCCAAGUACAGUAAUUGCACUGAUCAGUGUAUCCGACCUUGAUUGUGGUGUCAACGGACAGGUGACCUGCUCUCUGACGCCCAAUAUCUCCUUCAAGAUAGUGUCCACAUUCAGAAACUAUUAUUCACUCGUUCUGGACAGCGCUCUGGACCGAGAGACUGUGUCUUCCUACGAUCUGGUAGUGACUGCGCGGGACGCGGGCUCGCCUUCUCUGUGGGCCACGGCCAGCGUGUCAGUGGAGGUGGCGGAUGUGAAUGAUAACGCGCCGGCCUUCGAACAGUCUGAGUACACCGUGUUUGUGAAGGAGAACAACCCAUCAGGGAGCCACAUCUUCACGGUAUCUGCGCGGGACGCGGAUGCGCAGGAGAACGCGCUGGUGUCCUACUCACUGGUGGAGAGGCGGGUGGGCGAGCGUGCGCUGUCCAGCUACGUGUCGGUGCACGCGGAGAGCAGCAAGGUGUACGCGCUGCAGUCGCUGGACCUCGAGGAGCUGGAGCUGCUGCAGUUCCAGGUGACGCGCGACGCAGGCAUGCCAUCUCUGGGCAGCAACGUGACGCUGCAGGUGUUCGUGCUGGAUGAAAACGACAAUGCGUCCGCACUGCUGGCGUCUCGGGCUGGUAGUGCGGGCGGCGCGGUGACCGAGCUGGUGUCACGGUUUGUGGGGGCAGGCCACGUGGUGGCGAAGGUGGGCGCUGUGGACGCGGAUUCGAGAUACAAUGCUUGGCUGUCCUAUGAGCUGCAGCCAACAGCAGGAAGCGCGCGCAGCCGGUUCCGUGUGGGUCUGUACACCGGCAAGAUCAGCAUGACGCGCACCCUGGACGAGAAUGACUCGCCGCGCCAGCGCCUGUUAGUUCUGGUGAAGGACCACGUAGAGCCGGCGUUGACGGCCACCGCCACCGUGCUGGUGUCGCUUGUGGAGAGCAACCAGGCGCUGAAGGUUUCUUCGCGGGCGUUGGUGAACACUAUGCGUCCUGAGGCGGCGCUGGUGGAUGUCAACGUAUACCUGAUCAUCGCCAUCUGCGCGGUGUCCAGCCUGUUGGUGCUCACGCUGCUGUUGUACAUGGCUCUGCGAUGUUCCACACCUCCGACCGAGGGCGCGUGUGGGCCGGGCAAGCCCAGGCUAGUUUGCUCCACCGCUGUGGGGAGCUGGUCAAACUCUCAGCAGAGGCGGCAAAGGGUGUGCUCGGGGCCCUCCGGCCAAGACCACUUGAUGGCCUUCAGUCCUAGCCUUCCACCAGGUCUGGAUAGAGAAGACUAAGGGGAAAGGCAGGAAGCAGGAUCAAAUCACCCUGGACUGGCGAGUUUUAUUCUAUUCAGGAAGAAUAGAAUCUGA